CUAACUUCACAGUGGAAGUCGGGCGGCUUUAGAGCUUGAACUCAACAACAAGCCCUCUCAGGCUGGCCCAUCACAGCCAGUUGUACUUUUCUGUUUCCUUUCCCUCUUUUUUUGGGACUGGUGUUUUUUUUCUCUCCCUCUCUCCUGCACUCAGUGUGGGUGGGUGUGUCGAUGCGGGCCAGUGUAGCCUAGUCGCUGCUUGUGCGCACUCUGAAAAAGAGGAAAAAGUUGAUGAUGAGUUUAGUGUGAAAGCGGCCCGCCUCUGAGCAGGCUAACCGUCCAGGAAUGGCAGUUUGGACCAGAGCGGACAAAAACGGUCAGCUGGACCUCCUGCUCCGGGACCGCUGGAUCCGAGUGGCCGCCGAACUCACCCGGGAAACGCUGACUUUAACGGCCGAGGCGGAGGCGACCGGACAGGGGGGCAACCACUGGGACUACAGCAACUCUUCGGCGGGCCUGCGAAAUGGCAUGUCGAACGGAAACGACCCGGGAUCGAGUCCGGGGAACCCCGGCCGCGGUCCAUCUUCGAGUCAAGACCAACUCCAGAGCCAGAACCACGGGGUUCGGGGGCGCAGCUCCAGCCCGGGGCGCGGGGUUGGCAGCCGGGGUCAGUACGACGGCAACUACGGUUUGAACAGCCCUGGAAAGUACCCGAAUAACGGCACAAACUCUGACUUUGGAAGUCCCAGCUCGAGCUACGGUAGUCCCGGGUCCAGCUUCGGGUCGAGGCAGGGCGACUUCCCCGUUAGUCUGGACGGGUCAUCGGAGGCUGUGCGGAAAGUUCGAGUUGUCAAACAGGAGUCUGGCGGGCUGGGGAUCAGUAUCAAGGGGGGGCGCGAGAACCGAAUGCCCAUCCUCAUUUCCAAGAUCUUCCCGGGGCUCGCCGCCGACCAGAGCCGGGCUCUCCGGGUGGGCGACGCGAUCCUGUCGGUGAACGGGAACGACCUCCGAGAGGCGACGCACGACCUGGCGGUCCAGGCGCUGAAGAAGGCAGGGAAAGAAGUGACGUUGGAGGUGAAGUACAUCCGUGAGGUUUCCCCGCUCUUCAAGAAGCCGUCCCUUGUGGCCGACCUGCCCUGGGACGGUGUCCGCCCACAGUCGCCCAGCUACAGCGGCAGCGAGGACUCCGGCUCGCCCAAACACAGCAGCGCCUCCUCGUCCAAAGACAGAAAGGUCAUCAGCCUGAGGAUGUGCUUCAUCAGCAGAAAUCUCACCAUGCCAGAUCUGGAGAACAGACUGCUGGAGCUCCACUCUCCAGACGGCCAGCACACGGUGGUGCUGCGCUGUAAAGACGGCCCCACUGCCAACUCCUGGUUCACUGCCAUCCACACCAACAUCGCCGCUCUGCUGCCUCAGACCCUGGCUCACAUCAACGCCUACCUGGGGGCCUCGUCCUCCACCUCCACACACCCCCACCUCAAACACAUCGGGUGGUUGGCUGAGCAGGUCCAGCUGGAAGGUGGACGGCAGCAGUACAGGCCGGUGGUCAUGGCGCUGACGGAGAAGGACAUCCUGCUGUUUGAAUCCGUGCCCUGGAGCAGAGAGUCCUGGUCCAUGCCUCUGCUUACACACCCACUGCUGGCCACCAGACUGGUUCACUCUGGCAGUGCGCGGGGAUCUCCGGCCCAGGGCUCAGACCUGGCAUUCGCCACUCGGACGGGCACAGGGCGGGGCAUCGAGUCCCACGUCUUUCGGGUGGAGACCCACUGGGAUCUGUCCUCGUGGACGCGAGCCCUCGUGCAGGGGGCUCACGCUGCCGCCGAGCUCAUCAAAGAAGUCUCUAUCGGUUGCACGUUGAACAGGCAGGAUGUCCGGCUGACGCUGCACUAUGAGAAGGGCUUCACUGUGACGAGAGAGCCGGCCGACCCAGCAGGUGGCGCCGUGCUCUACAGAUACCCCUACGAGAAGCUCAAAAUGUCCGCUGACGACGGAAUACGCAACCUUUACCUUGACUUUGGGGGUCCAGAGGGAGAGAUGAUUUUUGACCUCCAUUCUGGUCCAAAGCCGGUGGUGUUUGUCCUCCACUCCUUCCUGUCAGCCAAGCUUACUCGUAUGGGCCUGCUGACGUGAAGCGACGGACAGCAGCAGCAGCAGCAGUAGUGUGGAUUAGAGGAUGGGGCCCAGGCGCAGCGUGGAGGGGGAGGACGCCCCCUGAAGUGCUGAUAGUGGGGGUUAACUUGUUAUGUUUUUUAUUUUUUUUCCAGUUUCUCCAUUCACAGCUGAAGUUAGGCCUGAGACGGCACUGCAGGGAAGAUUUAACCCAGGAGUUGUAUUGUUGAUUGUCUCAAAAAUGUGCCUUCUCUUCCAACUUCUCCUCGGCCUCUUGCAGUCAUUUGUAUUGUAAGAUCUGGUGAAAGGAGGUGGCACUUUGCUUGAAGUCAGUUACAAUACACAAAAAAUAGCUAUUAACAAUCUCACAACAUUCCAUGUGAUUACUUAUUAAGUUUCAUUACAAUUAUACAUUAUUAUGUUUUUUAAAAAGUGCACUUCAAGCAGUGUUACUAAAACUAUUGAGGAAAGGAAGGAUUUUUUAGACAAUUAAUACACAGCCAGGCACAGAUUGGUAAAUGCUCCCUGUUUUUACUCUAUGCCUAUCAUUCCACGACAGCCUUCUAAUGUACUUUGGGCUCUUUUUAAUGUAUUUGUUUGUGUUUGUGUUGACAUGUGAGUGCUGUUAUAGAGUCAGAAUGCAGUUAAUUGAGCAGAGAUUGUGUGAAUGAAGAAAGGUUUCUGUGUGUGUGUGUGCGUGUGUGUGUGUGAGGGAGUGUGUGUGUGUGCGUCUCUACUACAUGUUUCUGUUGGCUUGAUAGUGUGCCUGCUGUCUGACAGACUCACCUUUUAGCACAUUAUCCCAAACUACUGUUGUAAUCAGGAUUGCCAACUGUGCCUUUUUGCAUGUAGUCAAAGACAACUCUUUGUAAUUUUUCCUUUUAUUUCACACAAUAAGAGAAUUUUAAGCUUUCAACAUGCACAAGCAAUAGUGUUACUCUUAUAGUGUAAACGAUAUUACUUGGUUUUUAUGUCAUUUGUUUUUUUUUUUUAAGUGUAUAUCUCAUGAUAGCAUGACUUCCUGACAUUGAACUCUGUAUCAGAUGAUGAUAAAUGACAUGACCGUGUGUUACCUCCUUCACCUACACUACCAUGUCGUCUCCUGUCGCAAAUGUCGCUGUUAUCUCACUCCACUUUUCUUGACAUUACUUGUCUCCUGUUAGUAUUCUAUGCAUCAUUUCUCUGGCCAAGGACUGUUUAACUGGUUUGUUUUAAGGUGGGCCAUCACAUGACAGAGGUACAGAGGUGUUUUUAAUAAGUGUAACAGCCAAUAUAUCUAACAUACAAAAAGAGUUAAAAUAAUAGGAAAUUGGCUGAAAUGGAAAAGAAUGAAAGCCAACCUCUAGCAGGAAAGAAAUUCUGCUGCAUUUAGACAAGGUACGUCAGAGGAAACAGGUAAGAAGAAUUUAGUUCUAGCCAUAUUCUCACUGUUAACAUCCCUGAGAAAUGCAAAAAGGAAAAAAAAGUCAAAUAGAAUGCACAUAGUAGGCUAAAGUACCCUACUCUGGAUUAUACAUGUUGCUUACUUAUUAUUUAUCAUGACCAAUGAUGUAAUUCUUUCCAAAUGUCUAAAAAAGGUGUUUGAUCAGCUCUGUUUCUGCUCUGCAGCCAGCAAGGGACCAACAUCAGGGACCUCUGGAGCUUGCUUAGAUUUGAGAAUAUUUUAAGUCUGUUAAGUUUGCAAGUAGAAGUGACAGUGAGGGAUGUUUGGUUUUAUCUUUCACUUAAGUUGAUUAUGGAUCCUGGUGUUUCCAGUGUUCAUUCAGUGCUUGCUUCACCAGUGUAGUGGUCCAUAUUGAUUUAAUGUGAUGACAAAUAAGAAAGUUCCAUCCAUUGAUGAGGGCAGUGAGAUACAGUCAAAAGCUCUGACAAAAAGCUUGAAAAUGGACCAAAAGUUAGAGGUUAUUUGGUGAACUGCUUCUCCCAAAGUCUUUAAUUCUGUUAUUAAACCUGAUUUGAACUAAAAUCUCAUUACAGACCUGAAGGUUUCUGUCAAAACAGCCAUUCAUCUGUUUCACACUCAGUUUUAGCCGCAUUAGAUAAAAUAAUUACAAUCCCCCUCCCUUCAGUUCAUCUGUCCAGUCCAGUGCCUGUAUUGAGACUUGACUCAUUAAUGGGUUCAACAUGACUGUGAGGGACAUGUUGCUAAAGUUAGCCUUCAGUAGAGCGUCUGUUCCUUUAAACCUCUAACAAUGUACCAUUGUAUCCUCUGACCUUGUAACACAGGAAACCCUUGAAUAAGGAACACAGUCACCUGUCUGAAGGACUCUGAUGUCCUUGUGAUGGUCUGAAAAACUUUUUUGGUUAGCUUCAUGAAAGCAGAUAUGUGUUAUUGUGUAGCUCCUAAAGCUAGACAGCUUUUUCAGGCUGUGAUUAAUGAGUGGCUGUGUUGAAGGACAAGCAGACUUUGCUUCGUUUAAUGUGGGAGGUUUGAGAUAUAUUUGGCCUGAAACAAAGUCUUCUUCUUGCAACAUUUGAAGCAAUAGUGAAGUGUGCUGUUCCAUCUUCCUAAUUUCCCACACCGCUUUUUUAUUUUCUAUCAGUCAUGUUUCUCUAACCUGCUGCACAGAUGUGAUUGUCUGAACUUAGUCAACCUUCAACAAACUACAGGCCGUCCCUCUUUGAGCUUGAUGCACUAAUCUAUCAAACCCCUUUAAACCUGUGAAUGUACACCUCUUCUCUUCUGAGUGAUUUUUUCUUCUCUUUUCUCUUUAUUUCUGAAAUCGUGGCUAUCCUGUCUAUGCAAAGCAAUGCUUCAAAGAAGGGGUUUUUGAACCAAAGGUAAUAUCUGUGGCAGCUUGCGUCCAACACAAUCAUUAAACUGAAAAGUUACAAGAGGAUUAAGUGCUGCUGCAACAACCUGUCAUAUGCAAAGUAUUUUAGACUUCCUUCCAAUAAACAGUAUACAAUGUAUAAUAGCAAUGUAAUAAUCUCAUGUAAAUACCCACCAAUAAAACUGUUACAAACGA